UUACAUGUGAAUAUUCCAAAAAUAGAAAAAUUCAUGUCGAGCAUUCAUAAACUAUGUUAUUGCUAUAAUUUAAUUUGCACAAUCUUUAUUAGCACAAAAAACAUAAUGUGCAGUGUCAUUUCGAUUUUAUCGAAUUUGCUGUUGGAAAAAUGGAAAACCUUUAGAAUAUACGUUGAGGCUCGCCUUUUAAAUCAACGCCCCGAAACAAUUACAAAUGUUGUGAGAAAUCGAUUCCCGAAUAAAGAAGCGAUCGUAAAGAUUUGUGUGAAACCUCUUUUAAGAAGUCGAGGAGAUGGUAACUUCAAAAAGAAAAAGCCAACAACAACUUUUAACCACAAAGAAGAAUUGUUGGACGUCCUUUCCGAUUUAACCCUAAACGGAACUGCAACAACUAGCGUAGCUUGUUUAGAAGAGCUUUAUUCAAGCGAUGAAUAUGGAGGUGCUUUAUGUGACUCCCUCUUUGUAAUCGAAUAUCCUAAUUCACCAUCAUGUAAUCAUAAUAAAAAGGAAGAUACAUUUUUAACGGAACAACUUGAUGAAUAUGUCAAAUUUCCUGAAGAAUCCAAAGAAGAUUUGAUGGUAACCCAUCCAAGUUUAAGUUCCGCUAAAAGUGUGUCAGUCCGAGACAGAAAUAACCCUAAAGUCGUAAAAGCACCUUACGAUCGAGCACGUUAAGGCUUUCUUUAACUGCCGUGUCUUAACCGAUAAGGCGAAGGGCAGUGUGGGAACGUUGAAGAAGUUGGGCUCCCUUCGCGCCCAUAUGUCUUCACGCGAGAAUAACAUUUCCGGUUUGGCCAACCGAUACAGAUCAUAAUAGUAAUUGCUAUAAGACAAUGGGUUAUGCGUGUCUUAAGAUGUGUUGUCCCAUGACCUUCACGAAAAGAAUCCGUGUAAACGACUAUUAAGUAAUUGUGUUUUUGUUCAAGGAAAAUGUUAAUAAAUAUGGGAUUAAAAAUUUU